AUGCUUGGUAAUAUUUACUUUAACCUCUUUCAUUAAAAUUUUAAAUAACCGGAACUGAUUUAACAAUAAAGUUAAAUCAGAAUCUAAACUCUAAUUCUUGAUAUGAAGAUCUUUGGGAUGGUAUAAAUUGAAUAAUUUUCUAGAAUCAUUGGGAUUUAGAGACUGUAUUUUAAGACUCGCUAUUUCCUGUGUUAAUUUUUAGUGUAAAUGUAAUUUACACUGGAACAUUUUUUUAAAUAUGUUAAGGUGAGCAAUCAAAAUUACAAAACUAAAUCCCUUUUUGAAAUAAAAGCAAUCUUUAUGGAUCCUGGUAUUAUUGUUUAAUUUAAAGGCCGAAACAAUUUUGCAGAGUAUUAUAAGAGUUCACUUCUUCAUAGUCUUGUUUGA